UUCUUCCGGUAUAGCAAUGGUAUCGAAGAUUAUAGAUAUCUAGGACAUCAAUAUUUUUCUAUCAUGUUUUUUCUACAGUAAACAAGAAAUGUAGAUUUAGAUUUAUACACCUUUAAAUAUUUAUCUAAAAUUAAUUGACCCAUUACACAGUUAAUAAAAUGGGGAAUUCUCUUAGUGAUAGUGAAGAUGAGGGAAAAAUAGAAACACCACUUGAUGCAGAUGAUGAUCUCUCAGAUGGGGAUGAUGCAAGUGAAAAUGAGUCUAAGCCUACCUAUGAUUUAUGUCAUCUCUUCUCUGACAACGCCACACUCAGGGCUGCAGCUACCAAAGUCAAGGAAAAGAUUCCAGAAAAUGUUAUAUUACAGCAUAACUCAAGUAUGAUGCAGUGGUUGGAAGGAAGAUUGGAGCGAAUGGAGGAUAGUGUAACUCUUGCACAGUUUUGUGAUAUGUUGAUGAACCAAGGGGUGGAGCGGAGUGAAGCUAUCAAAGCCUUUCUUCAGUUUGACUGUGAUGGGAGUGGAGUGGCGGAUGUUCAGACCAUGAUUGAAGCUUUGGGUCAGUAUUCUAGUCGCAGUGCUCUUGGGGAGCUUGGAAAGUCCAUCCGUAUUCUUCAGUCAUGUUCUCUCACUCCUGGCUUUGUUGAUGUCUACGCAGGCAGCACGCACCCUGUGGAGAAACAUGGUGCUAGGAUACUAAAGUAUCUUCUACGCAACAGAGCAGAGAGUUCCUCUCUUCCUUUUGUUUAUCUGAACAGUUUUAAUAAUGUGUUCACCAUGAGAGCCUCAGUAUUGAAGCACAUGUUUAAUACCAGCAAAGAGGAGGUCAAAGAUUUUGAAGUAGACAAUGAUGUGAAUGAACUAGAGAAGAAAACUAUUUACAAUUGUUAUAGUACUAUUGAAGUGUCAUCCAACCCGUCAGAAGCCCACCUGUUAAGAAAUACGAGUACAUUUUGGCAAUCUGAUGGUGCUGCUAGAUCACAUUGGAUAAGGCUUCACAUCAAAAACAACAUCAUUCUGAAGCACUUGUCCAUUGGAGUUGUCUCUACUGACCAAAGUUACAUGCCGGAACUGGUCACUGUGUCAGUUGGACAGUCAUCUAGCAGACUUAGGGAGAUCAAAGAACUCAAGAUAGAAAACCAUGUUUCUGGCCGUGUUUUGCUUUUAAAAAAUAUGAAAGCUCAUUAUGCAUAUGUUCAGAUCAACAUCAAGCGUUGUCAUGGUGAUGGCUGUGAUACAAGGAUACAUGGUGUGAAAGCUGUAGGUUUCAAAAUUGUACGAGAGCAGGGUGUGACCUCAGUGAUGGAUGCUUCAGCUCUGUGGUACCUGCAGAUAUUAACUUCAACAGUGUCCUUCAGUUUACCCCAGGCCCCAGGGUUGAGACCCCAUCUCUUGAAUCACACAAGGAGAGCCUUGGAAUCUAUGCCUCCCCUUAUGCUCAGUGUGUCCAGUACAGAAAAACCUUCAUUUCUAAGCCGUAGUGUUCUGCAAGAGAUUGAAUCUUUUGCAGAACAUUUAGCUAGCAAUGAUGGCCAGGAGGAGAUUACAAAUGAAGGCUUACAGGUUAUUUUAGCAUUUAACCUGGCAAGAGGCAGCAUAUCUGGUCUAAUUAAAUUUCUCAAUAAAAUUGUUGAAAUGGCAAAUUUAAGGUUAGCAUGUGCUGAGCUCCUGGCCAAGUCCAUAAAUGCUAGAAAUAACAGUUUAGAAAAGUUAGGUUUACAUGUACCAGUGACAUUCUUGGCUUCUGAUGGUGGUCCAGGGAUGUCAAAUGUCGGUCCAGAAUCUGUGAUAGAACCCCCCACUUCUAGCAACACAAAUAGAAGUUUAUCAACAAGUGUUAACAGGAUUUAUUUUACUGAUGAAGGGAAAACAAAAUGUACCAUGCUAUUUAAAUCAGAGGAGAAUGUUCAGCUGACCAAAAUAAGAAUUCAGGUAUCGUCUGGGAUUAAAGGACCCAAGCAUGGACUUAUUUUUGUGUACAAUCCAGAAAGUAUUCCAGAACUCAAUUCCAAAUCUAGUCCUACUGAGCACAUUGACUAUUUCAGUAAAUACGAUUUCUGGCAUGAAAAGGAGUUUGAGUUUAGUAUUUCUUUUAGAAACUCAGGACUAGGAGGCAACCCUGAUAACCCGGUGUCUUAUUUCCAUUUAGACAAUGACUGUGAUGAAAUAGAUGUACCAGUACAGUGGAAUGCUGUGGGCAAGUUUAUUUUAGUUAAAUUUCUUGAACCAAGACAUGAGUCGGCCACUAGACUUGGCAUUUCUACAAUCAAAUUUUUUGGUCUCACAAAGUCACUAGUUAUUGAUUAUACUGAUCAGAAGCCUCUGGCUAUACCUGAUCCAUCCAAAAAACAAAGCUGUGAUCUUCCUGAAAUAGUGAGCAUAGUCUCAACCUUUGUGACGGACAUAGCAGUCGAACAGGUGAAAAAAAAAGGUCGAGUAGCCAAACCUCAGUUUGAAUUUCUUGAUUUGAGUGACUUGGACGUCACAGAAUUAUGGCUUGUACACUUGGCCUGUGAGAAAAGGAUGAAAGAAGAGACUGGUACAGCUAGAGUGGUGGACCAGUGGAAAAGAUCUUCUCUCUCCAUCUUGCAGCUUAUCCAUGGACUUAUUCCAGUUUUAGCCACAAGCAAGGGGACUUCAGAGGCUAGUCGAGAUACUUUGUUUCAAUGGUUGUGUGGGAUGGUCAAUACUGAAGCUGCUGUCAAGGAUGAACCAGGGAAUUUGUACAGAAGUAACAAACUCAAGCUCAUCAAGCAGAUUAUUAUUGAUGGUGCACCACUGUUCUUCCCUGAGAAAAGUAAAAAGAGACUAGAACUGUUUAGACAUCUCAAAACUGUCUCGGAUCAAUCCAGCAUGCCUAGUAUGUCUCUAGUUUUCCAGUCUCUGUGCCAGUUUUUCAGUUCUGUUGAUCCCAAAGGAUUAUUGGAACUGCCAAGUAAUUCUUGUGAGGACUUUUCAACUACAGGCACAUUAGACAUGAUGAAGUCUUUGCUGGUGGUAGCUUGCCAGGAUAUUGAAGACACUGUUGACAGCUCAGCUCCAAAAAAGCCUUUCAAGCAGUCAGCUGCAGAUACAUUGAACAAAGAAUCCUCUGCAGUUGUUGUUGAAGAGGAACAGUGUGCCAGAAGUGAUGACACAGGACAAAACUGUGCUGAUGAGAAACUGGUUGAGACUGUUAAAGAGAAGGAUUUGGUGGAAGAUGCUGCCACUGCCACUCCGCACAGUGAAGCUCCUGUGGGCAGUGCUGCGGACGCAGAAGAUCCUGCUUCAGAUAAAUCUCAUCAGAUGACCUACCUCAUUAAGUUGACAGCUUCAUUACAGACAUCGCUGGUGAUGUGGUGUUGGCAGCAGCUGGAGACCACAAAUGGGGUUGAGAAUGAAAGCUUAGUGAAGAUGAUCAACUCUAUUGUUUUCAACUAUAUCACAGAUGUAGCUGAAAAAGCUGAUAAGUUUUUGUCAAUCUGUAAGAAUUUACCUGCAGAUGAAUUGAAAAGUAAAGUAGCAGCAGAAGAGCCAGCUUUUCUUUGCAUUAUUGUACGCCAGCUGCUAUUACUUCUAACGAUGCUUGUUAACAAGCUGAACACGGACACCAAGGUUAACAUAAUGCUCAAUUUGAAGAAAAUGGCUGUCACCAUUAGUGAAGUUGCCAAAGUCAAUCCUCAUCUUUUUUCUGACAUCACAUCUGAUUGCUGGACUGAGGUGGACACAGAAGAGACUGUGUUGAGAACUUGGGAGGUGGAGUCUCCACAUGAUUACCUGAACCAUUCAAACAUUGUACAGAUGUUUCACUGUCCUGGUGCCUCCAAGCUUGUCAUUGAGUUUGACUCUCGCUGUGAGACUGAGAGAAGGUAUGAUUACUUGGAGUUUACAGAUGCUAAAGGUUUGAAACUAAGAUUUGACCAGAAAGUUGGUACAUUAAAAUGGCCGAAGAAAGUGACAUUUAGUGGACCAUACGUUGGUUUUCUCUUCCAUAGUGACAGCAGCAACACAGAAUGGGGCUAUAAGUUCACUGUGACUGCUGUUGGUACACCAGAUAUACAAAGUUCUUGGAUGUCAGAUUUACAGCUAAGUUUAAUUAAAGUACUAGGUCAGCUGGCAGGAUCUACUCUCAGUUCAAACCCAACCCUCACUCAGAAUGCAACAUUAGGGCUAGAUAACUCUUCAGAUCAAAUUCUCAGGAGUGACUUGUGGACAUCUUUAUUCAGGGGAGGCUACACAGUUGGGAAGUUGCAGAGGUCACUCUCAGGCAAAUUAGCUACAGAGAAAGAAGGCAGGGUACAUUUGUUUCUGUUGGAAGUGGUUGCUGUGACUGAAAUGAAGCCUGAUGUUGACAAUCAUGUUGAAAACACUGAAUUGAAGCAACAGGCAGCCAGAUUUUUAGCCAAGUGUAAAGAUGCCAACAAAUCAAAGAUGCAGGUUGUAGUUGGUGGUCAAAAAGUGGAUGUUGCCAUCAGCUCACUAUUUGCUGCCCUAGUCUGGCAUUGCCAGCAACUGAGAGAGGACGUGGAAAAGUUUUUAAAAAGCGGUGAGAUAACUGAAGGUCUUGCUCAAGCCUACACCACAGCAGAAUCUGUCAGGAUAACUCUGGCUCAUGAAAGACAGAAAUGGAACAAUGCUGAAAACAAAGUCGAUGGCACUGACCCAGCGGAAUUGUUUGCUACCAAAGCACUUUAUUUACUCAAGUUUGCAGGACUGACCAAAGUGCAGCUGAGAAAUGAGCUUCGAUCAAAGUCAUUCAAGCAGAUGGCUCUGAAGAAGGCAGGAAACAAAAGGCCUGUUGUUAGAAAUGAGGUAUUAGAGAAGUUUCCUUCCUUUGUACUUGUCAUGGAGUUUACACAAGAUCAAGCCUGGACAGCUGAAAGUGUUCAUCAGAUGUUACAAGAGCGCACGAAAUUUGCAGCAGCCAUCAGUGAGGUUUACCUGUUUGCAGCAGAGAUGAUUAGGAUAAUGUCUUACAAUGAUCCAUUCAAGAUACCCAUAGUAUUGUUUUUCCGUGAGAUGUUUGCAUACCAGGAUAAGUUUACCAAGCAUUAUGCUGACGGAUUGGACGGCUGUGGCCUAGAGCAAGAGGCCAAGGUCAGGACGACAUAUUACACCCUGGUCAACAGAUUUGUGGAUGCUUUCAAAAAGGCAGACAGUCAACCUCAGGACAGUAAAGUCAUGCCAGCUUAUGAUUUUCUCCAAUGUAUUUUGCUUCAUUUGUUGGACAUGGAAUGGCAGCCCUAUGACUUGUCCUUUGUGAGUGAGCUACAUCUUCCCCAGUUGUAUCUUCACAUUGCUAAAGCCACAGUCAAAAUGAGAGAUUACAUCUCAACAGACCUGAAGGUGGAAGAAGAGGUUGCUGAGUAUGAGCGCUCUAUGAAGUGGUACAAUGAGAUUAAACAGAUGGAAGAAAUCAACAGCUGGUUUAAGCAUAAGGAGAACAUCAAGGAUGAUAAGAAAGCAGUUAAGAUGUUUGUUGCCAGAUUUUCAGAUGUGCUGGAUGUAGAAAUUAGCUGUGAUGGGUGCAGUGUUACAUUGCCAGGUAGGAGGUACAGGUGUCUACAGUGUAUGGACAUGGAUCUGUGCACUUCCUGUUUCUCAGGUGGUGUGGAGCCAGAAGAACAUCGAGAUUCUCAUGAGAUAGUCCAUCUUGUAUACAAGUGCAAUCAUUGCCAGGCCUUCAUUGUUGGCACCAGAAUACAUUGCAAUGAAUGUGAUGAUUUUGACCUGUGCCUGGGCUGUCACUUAAAGCACAAGUUUCCUUCAGGUCAUUCAGAUGCACAUGAUGUCACUAAAGUUCCUAUGGUUAAAGUCAUGACUAGUCAGUCCAGCAACUCAUCUCUCAAGGCCUACAUCCACCAGCAUGUCUGGCUUCUGUACACAUCUCUCACCCUCUCUCUCAGUGACCUGGCCUAUGGCACAGACACUGGUACACCCUACAUUGACUCGGACUACAUCAGAAUAGCAGGUCAUCUCCAGAGGGAAUGUAUAGAGCUGGCCACCUCAUGCCUGGACCAUGUCACAGGAGAAGGGGAUGAGACUUUGAAAGAUGUUCCGACAGAGAAGCGUCUUGAACUAACUUUUGCCAUUCACUCCCAAGAAAGAAUUAUGGGAUUGUUAGGAGCUGUGGCACCUCAUUUUGAGAAGAAGGCUCCGACAGUUGAAAUGGGCUUUAACUUUUGCACAGAAGAUUUCCUUAUCCAUUUGCUCCAAGUAUCUAGGGGUGACCGUGGCCAUGAACUCAACACACAACAUUUAGCUUUGAGACUUAUGGGAAGGUUACUGGCCAGCUCCGAGACAAAUCGUGAAAGAACAAUGUCUUUACUACAAAUGGCUGACAGGUCGACAUCCAGACUUAUGGGUGAAGAAACAAAAAGCAUGGGUGGUAUUGAUGGGUUACAGACCAUUUCUUAUUUGUUCUCCAUUGGAGCAAAGGCUUUUGAAAAGAGUGGACUGGAGUGGUCAUGUUCAGUGGCCAGGAUGCUGGAGAUGCUGUUCAGCACGCCAGAGUGGAAGCCUGCUGUCCAGGAACAUGUCUCUCUCUGUGUGCAGACUUUGAAAGAUAAUCUCACUGAUUCAUCCAUUUUUCCCAUGUUUGUUAUUGCUGGUUUUCCUGAGCUACUAACCACAGGGACACUAGUGGACUAUAACUACACCUCACUGGACAACCAAAGUGGCGUGGUCCUGAAACAUUUCCCAGACAAGUACCAAACACUUUUAGUUGACUUGAAGACAAGGAAAAGACACACAGUGAAAGAUGAACAUGUGACUUGUUGUUCUGAGGUCAAGGAUGUUCUGGAGCCUGAGAGUAUUUCCAAAUUUGUUUCCUUUGUUGUCAACACAGUCAACAAAAUUAAAUUAAAUGAAGAAGUACCUGUGAAAGCCCUUUGGAUUCUCUCCCUUGCACUCAAGGUACUGAACAAAUGUUUUAAAGGUGACAAAAUGGAAUUUGUGGGUAAAAAAGUGUUCACAGCUGGUUUCAUCCAGUCCUUGGUGUACCUGGCCUGCAAUGGGACUGGACUCAACCAAAACUGGUUGUUGAAGGACCUGGAGGUCCUCGCCCUGAUCUGUUACACCCAUGAUGGGUCCUCCAUUAAAAAGAACAGGCUCAACAGUCUCAAGAAGAAGACACCAGAAGACCACAUGGAAGGGGGCCACCUUACUGCCGCCACUGACAAAGAUAAUACUUAUGAAAAUUGCGGGAAGGUCAUAGGGGACAAGGACAUUGAGGAUGCAGCUCUUUUAAUAUCCGGCACAUCCUCCAGCAGCUCUGACGAUGAAAUGGACUCCUUGUCUGAAAGCACCAGCAUUGAGGAGGAAGAUAGUGACUGGAAUAUGAAGAUAGCCAACAAGUCGGAUGAAGAGGAUGAACCCCCAGAACAGGCUGAAGAGAAGCCAAAAGCCAGUGAGCUAGAGAAUGGAUGGGGAUCAUUAGCAGUGGAUCAAGCCACUAAAGAUCUUCUCAAUGCCAUUCAUACAGAAUUGGAUAUUCCCAUUCCAGUCUUAAGAGCUUUAUAUAAUAUGAAUGAAGGGAGGCCAGAAGGUAUCGCCAAGGCUCUUUUAGAAAAUUUUGGUGAUCCUGAUGUGGCCAGUAGUGGACUACUCCUCAAGCUGAGGUCAUCAUUGAAUGCCAACUCAGAGAAGAAAGAUACAGUGUCCUCUGAAGAUACAGCUAUUGAUACAGGUAUCACCAAUCACCCAGGAGUAGGACAGGCUCACAAAAUUCCAGAGAGUGCAGUCAGUGAGUCAGGAGACAACCCACAGAACUUAUUCAAACAGCAGGACACACUGGCAGGGGAGAUAGGGGAGAGAAUCAGAGGGAAAAGUGCCAGCUUGUUGAAGAAAGAGCUCAGCAAACGUGGCCGCUCUGGGCUGUCAGACAACUUUCCAAAGAUCAACAUGGCCAUGUGUGUACUGUAUGCCCGUCACACACUCACUGGGCUUUUGGCCUUCUGGCCAGACUCUGGCCCAGUCAUCAACUCAACACUGCUUGGGUGCAAGGAUGUCAAACAGAUCCCAUGUGUCCUUGACCUUUUAUAUAAGAUUGACACCAGGAAUUACUUCUCGAAGGUGGUGGACAAAGUUAUCCACAUGUGUGAUGCGGCUAGCCUGGUACCUAUCGCUUUCACAGCCGCCCAGUUCAUGGAGGAGGUAACUCUGUCUGCUGUGACCCGAGAGUCUGCACACAAUUACACAGACAAGGACAAGAAAAAAAGUCAUGUCCAGUUGCAUGGAGCCUCUUAUCUGACUGUCACUUUUGAUGAAAAAUGUGCUACAGCUGAGGAUGACUCUCUGAUCUUCUCAACUAGGAAAGAAAUGGACAAAGAUGUCCACUCGUUCUCAGGAUCCAACAGAGCUAAAUGGACAUCAUUCCACAUACCAGGUGAUACUUUCUAUUACAAGUUUUGUAUAGAAGACUACGACCCUGACAUGGCCAACUUUUGGGGCUACAAAUUCACAGUCACACCUGGAACAAGGGACAGCUUUGAAACUGGGCAUGCCAUACUUGAGGCAGUGCUGUCUUCAUCAUUAGCCAGAUGCCUUCCCUUGGAUCAGUUAUGGUCAAGUCUUGUCUUUGUGGCCUGCAAGCAACCAGGUGCUCAGAGGCUGAAGGCCAUCAGUCUGAUGUUGAAAAUUGUGGCCCUGCAAAGUGUUUCAGUAUCUGGAGAAUCUAAAACAGGGCCAGACAUUGACCUUUCGUUGUUAACCCCACUCUGGGAAUUGUAUCGUAAAAUGAGCCGAGAUGACAAAGAGCCGUUGAUUCAGCCUGCAGUAGUCAGGGCAUUAACAGACUUGUUCCUUCACACGGAAAACUUGGCUUCUGAGUGGAACAUGACAGAGAGCUACUUGGUUUCCUUGAUGGAUUCUAGUGACAUAUGUACCAGUCUAAUUCACGGUUUAACCAACAUUGCUGCAAUCAGCCUGGAGAUUGGCUACAACAGUGGAGCCCCUGAACUGAUCAAAGAACUUGCUCAGAAAUUAAGCUGUGCUAGCCCCAAAAAAAUGAGUUUCUGAGAUAUUUGAUCUAGAUCUGUUCAAACCAUGUCAUAUUUUUCUAGCAUCAUUGAAUGAAUGCCUUGCAUGUUAGCUGUGUAGAGUCACCUACAUCGUAUAUGUUUAAGUCAUUCAUUCUGCCAGUACAUUAACAACUAGUAUUUAUAUUUCUGUGCAACAUUCUCUGAAACAGAUGUGAAUUUAUGAAUGGAGUUAGAGAGGCACUAUCUUAAUGCUGCAAUAAUGAAUUUUUUUUAAACUCCACAUUGUCACUGAGGGUGAUUAUUAUUGAAGUGUAACAGUCAAGUGUAAGAGUAGUUUUUUUUAUUGGAAACAAAAUAGUGUAAAUGUCUUGGAAAGUUUGUGUGUCAGAACUGAAGGUCUCUGUGUUUUGGGUGUAAAAAAAAAAUCCAAAUAAAUUAUGUAACAAACAAUACAUGCAUCAACAGGUGUUUGAGUGUUGGAAUAUUUUAAUUUAUUUCUUUGUUUCAUUAUUUUUUUGCUUUUUUUUUUUCAAUUUUGCUUUUGGUUUUUAUGUUUGAAUGUUAAUAGUCAGCAUAACUUUUUUUUUAAAAACUUUAUUUCUAUAGUCAUUUUAAUUUAUCAUUUGACUUAUUGUUGACAUUCCAUGAUUGUGGACUUUUGGUUUUCAAAUGAUUGAUAUUGAAACACAACACUAGGAUUGGGUUUAGCUUGUUUCUUUGUUCUUUGAUUGUUAACUGUGCAAUCAUUUUCCUCAACAAUUUUAUAGUACUUGCUAUCUUGUCAUUGCUAGUAUGCAGGCCUGAUUGGGUCGAGUGAUUGGGUUAGGGCUAGUAAUUAGUGGGUUAGUUAUGGUCAGUGAUUGUUCCAUAGGGUUAUCAUUAGAAGUGCAGUUGUUACUACUACUUUUAUCAUCAGGUUAAAGAAAGAUAACCCAUGAUAGUGUUCAAUGCUCAGUGAUUAGGCUUUAAGAAUUUUCUGACUUGGUUUUUGUUUCAGUUGAGCCUUCUUUAGUUGUCCAACUUUUAGGCUAAAUUACCUCAGUGUAGAUUUGAUUCUCUUUAUUUUUAACCCAUUCCAUCUUUACCUUACACACUCACACACUUACUUGUAGUUUUUAGUUUGUCAGCAGUUAUCUUCUCUAAUGCAUCUUAUCUCCCUUGUAUCUGUUCCUUACUGAGUUAGUGCACGAAUUAAAACCUAAGUACUACAACAUGACUCAAUUUUUGAUGUCUAUAGAGAUUAGAACAUGGCCUGAUGCUAGCGGAUUGUUCUAUUAAAUAUACAUAUCUUCUAUAUUUGUUCAUUCAUCUAGCUUCUUGUCAGUAUUUCUAUAUAACGAACUAAUUGUGCUUACCAUUAGCUUUGUACCAUUCACCUUUUUUUUUUGAUGAACUUAAACCUUAUUUACAUAAGCUCCUUGAAAAUAUUAUUUUGAAAUUGCCUAUUGGACUGGAGCAUAGUUAAACAUUUCUUCUCUAAUUUGGUGCUGGUAUCACCUGGUAUCACCUGUCAGCCCAUACUCCUCCUCCCCUUUCCCUACUGAUGUGUGUAGCUGAAAGUAUCCAGUGUCUCAGCAUGAUAUUUACACUUUUUUUGUUUGUUUAAUAAGACAUUUAUACCAUAGAUCUUUUCAUUUUGUUUGAAUGAUCAUAAUGUCUGUUAUUGUUGACUGAGCUGUGUCAUAUUCAAAUUAUUGUAUGUGUUAAGAUUGACUUUGUAUAAUAAUACACAUUCAUUUCUUUGUUUUUCUUUUGUAAAACUAUAUAAAUAUUUGAAUGAAGCUUACAUUAAAACCAUGAGUUAUC